AUGCUCACCUCCGGCCUAACAAACACACCCCUAACAAAACUCCUCCUAAUCUACACAAUCGCCUCCUCAAUCGCCCUCUCCCUCUUCGACAUAAAACAUCUCGCCUCAAUCUCCAUCUCGCCCCAUUUCUGGCCCUACGCCCAAUUCUGGCGCGCGGCAGUAUGGCACCUCGUCGGCUUUGCCAAUUCCACCGAGGCGCUCUUCGCAUCCAUGCUCGUCUACCACAUGCGCGUCGUUGAGCGUGCAUGGGGGAGCAGGAAGAUGGCCACCUUCCUCCUCACGACCCUCCCAUACACCACCCUCCUCCCACCCCUCCUCCUGUCCCUCCUCGUCCGCCCCCUCUCAAUGAACAACCUCAAUUACCUACCCUCCGGCCCGACGGCCAUGAUAUUCGCCCUGUUGGCGCAGUAUCAUGCGAGUAUACCGCAUACGUAUCGGUAUCGCAUCGGGACAACGACUACUGCCCCCACUACUCCCCCCAACACAGAUACCAACACCACUGAAACUGGAACUGAAACUGAACCUGGAACUGGAGCUGGAACUGAAUCCUCCAAUCAACAGCCCGCUGAUACCCCCAAACCCCCCAAACCAAGCCUGACUCUCCUCCUCUCGGAUAAAUCAACAACCUACCUCGUCGCUUCCCAGCUAGCCCUCUCGCAAUUCCCGGCUAUGCUUCUGCCCGCGGCGCUAGGGUGGAUUGUUGGCUUUGCGUGGCGCGCGGAGAUCCUGCCUGGUCUUUCGCCUGCCGUGAAUGGAUUUAGGGUUCCUGCUUGGGUUGUUGGGGAGAGGGAGCGGAGGGGUACUGGUGCUGGUGCUGGCGGGGAGAGGGAGAGGUAUGAGGACUUGAGGAGGAGGUUGGAAGGGGAGGCCGCUGCUUCGGCUUCGGCUUCUGCUUCUGCUUCUGGGCUGGAUGGGGGUGAGACUGCUGCUGUUGUUGAUCGCCUGAGGGGGGAUUGGUAG